AUGUUUGGCGGAGGGUCUAUCUGGGGUAACCUAGGGACGCCGGCCGAGUCACUGGCAGAAAGAGAACGACCUCCUCCGGCAAAGCCCAUACCGCUCGAAUUCCCUUGCUAUGUACCCUCCAAUGUGAAUGCGAGCUUGACCAGACAGCACAUGAAUACUGUGCGCCAGACGCUUGCUUCAAUCCGCAGACCUCUUGACGUCAAAGAUUCACACCUAGAGCACCUCAACAUCCAAGUAGAGCAGGACAUCGACGUCGCAAAACUGGUAUCCGAUGACCGCUUUGAAAAACGUCCUUUCCUCUACGAUGCAGAUUUGACGGCCAUGCUUGCCGAGCUUGAAUGUGAUAAUGAAGAAGCUUAUCGUGAAGUUUUGCGCCUCCCUCCACUGGAGGGGCACAAAAAACCACGCUUGACAUACGCACGCAACUUUUUCGUUAAUCUGGAAGAUAUGAGUCGCUAUUGGGACAGUUCCCAGGACAACUACUACGAGGUUGAGGCUAAGGAUCCCGAAUCCCAGACUCAGACUACCCAAUCCCCACCAAAUGCAGCAAAUUCACCGAAUUCAGCAGAUGAUCAGUUGGCCACGAAAGAAGGCGAGAAUGUGACAGGCACAGUGUCUCAGCCACAAGAAUCUCCCGCCCAGUCGCAGAGCAGCAGCGUUGCGAACACAGGCUUAUCUGCUCAACAAGCAGCAUCGGAUACAAUUGAGAUUCCUACGCGACCCAAGAUGAAGCAGGUCUACAAGGGACCGCGACUGGGAAAUGGGGAGCAGAUGGCUCCAUCAACACGAGUCUCGGCAGUAAGGAAUCUGCUAAAAAUGGUCGUGCACAAAUUCAAUUGUCGGGACCUUGAAACCAAUCCCAGAGACAGGCUGAGAUUUGCGACGGUCAAUGUUCCAUCAGUCUUUUACAGUUGUUGUGUCGCCAGAGUGCCUGCGGAUAUGCAGCUCGCUCGGGCGAGAAUGGUGGAAGGUCCAAUCAUGGCAGUACAUUCCAGAUCCGAGGUCAGAUUCAAAACCCGUGAAGGCCUGCAAAGUCCGAACAGCGACAUUCUGGGUGAACGGUUUGACUUAUUCCGAGAAGUGGGUUGCCUGUUGCUUCUUGCGAAACAACGUUCUCGGGAAGGAACUCAGCCCGUCCAGCAUCCCGCUGAGCAUGAGUGGUGGGCUUCGAAAGCUCGUUGGGGUUGUGGUGAGACCAGAUGGGGACAAUUGGCGAGCGAAGUGUUUGAAGACGAAGAUCCCAGCUGGAGUCCAGAAGAAGCAUCACUACAAAAGAAGAAGAGAGACCAGGAUGAAGAGCAAGAGAGGCUCGUAGAGGCCGCCGCCGCCGCGGAUCUCAAGAAUCUCCGUACUGACGACCUGAUUGCACAAACCUCUCCGAGCGGUGAACGACCGAAGAAGAAGAAACGGAGUGGGGACGGCAUCGGCAGCGGUGGCAAGAGCGGCAGUAAAAUCGAGUACAAGGAUGGGAAGAGAGUCAUGUUUACACCUCCGAUUCGACGCAAAUGGUAUCUGGAUUGGACCAAAAUCCGACCGAAUGCUUCGACUUGGGAUGAAAAAGUGAUCUACCGCCGGAUUGGCCAGAAGAGCAAAGAAGACGGUGGAGAUGGGUGGGAUGAGGUGUUCCUACUAUCGGCCGCCAAUCAUCAUGUUUGCAUGUUGAAGCUGCAAGUACAUGAAGAAUAUCUCGAGUGGUUGGAAAAGGGGGAGGUGGUAAAGGUUGAGAAUGGUAGCGUGAGUGAGGAACAGAGAAAGCGAAAUGUUUUGUACGUGACUCGAAGUCGGUGGUAUGAUUUGUUCGAGGUCGAGCAGAGAAAGGAGCUCCUGACAGGGAUCUGGAAGGUCAUGUGCUGGGUGAAUCGGUAUGAGGUACCCAAGCAAGAGAUGGAAAAGAUGGAAGAGUUGAAGAGGAAGCAAGCUGAGGAUACGGGUGAUCACCGCAUGGAGAUAUGA